UGGCGCCGUUUGCCGCUCCUACUGCUCGCCUAUCUGCCAUUCGUCAACCAACCUACUAUCUCAUCUUCUUCCAUCCUUUUCUCCCUUCUCCUAUUCACUCCGACUGCCUUCUUGCCUGGUCUGGGCGUCUUUCAUCCACAGGCCCGGUCGGCACACCCCGUUCUUCACUAUUUCUACACCGUCGUAUUCUUUCUGUCUCCAUACCUGCUCAGCCCUCCUCGAUGGAUUUGGCCCAGACCUUGGUGCGCGCAACGGCGCGCGCCUUCUACAACUCCCCCGACGAUAGAAGGAUGAUCCUUAUCGUGGACGCUCUGGUCCUCCACUCGACGCUUCGCGACGAUGACUUGUCUUACCUGAUGAACCUCAACACCAAGGAUUUGCAUAGAAUCUGCGCCAGACUGCGCGACGAACGCUUUCUGCACGUUCAUGUCCGACCUGAACUCAGAGAGGGCAAGGAGAAAGCAUCCAACCGCAUCUACUACUACAUCGACUACCGCCAGGCCAUCGAUGCGAUCAAAUGGAGGACUUACCACAUCGACAAGAGCGUCCAGGGCGACGCUGUGCCCCAGCAAGAGAAGAAGGAGUACUUUUGCACUCACUGCAGGGCCGAGUGGACCCAGCUCGAAGUCCUCGAUAACGUGGAUCCCAUUCGCGGCUUCAAGUGCCAUCGCUGCGGUAGCAUCCUUACGUUCGACCCUAAUCGGGAAGCCGGCGGCCACGAACAAUCUACGAAACUCAACAACCAGCUCCGAUUCAUCACCGACAUCUUACCGAAGCUUGACACCAUCACGAUCCCCGACAACAAUUUCGAGGCCGCAUUGGCCGCGGCUCGUCCCGUCAUCCGUGACGCCGCUAACCAGAUUGCCCCGUCGGUUGUUGUCGAAAGCAUUGCGAAGCCUACUGCGGUCAAGGGCAUGGCGAAUACGGGCCCUCAGAGCAUUGCGAUCAGCAUUACCGAUAAGGACGGCCCCACCGAGGCCGAGAGAGAAGCCGAGCGUGCCGCAAAGGAGAAGCUUGCACAGUCCAACGCCCUGCCGGCCUGGCACACUACCUCUACCGUUUCCGGCUUGUCCUACGCCGGGAACAGCAACGCCGCCGCGCUAGCGAAGCACGACGAAUACGACGCUAAGAAGCCGGACGAGCUCGCUGACGACACCACCAACGACAAGGAAAUGGACGAGAUCUUCAAGAUGCUGAAGAAAUCGCAGGAAGAAGAGAGACGUAAGGCUGCCGAAGAGGAUGAGGACGAGGACGAGGAAGACGAGGACGAGGAAGAGGAGGAGUUCGUCGACAUCUCGGCCAACGGCAGCUCCAUCGGCGAGAAGCGGCCGGCGUCGAGCGGUCCCACCAGCGCCGCCGACACCCCCGCCUCGGAAGACAGGCCCUCUAAGAAGGUCAAGGUCGAGGUACCGGCGAACGACGGCGAGAGCGAGGAUGAAGACGUCGCGUUCGAGGACGUCUAAGCCGCUUCA